AUGUGGAUCAUCACUUGCUGGGGCAUUGGGGGCUGCAUUAUCGCCUUCGAGGCAGCCAGGCAGCAAAUUUAUCCAUUCAAGGAGGAGCGCAUCACUGUCGAAGGCCUCUGCAAGUACGCUUGUAUGGCCGGGGGUGGUGCUGGAGGACUGGUCUUCCUGGUGCUGAGUAGCGAUGCAUCCUUCACGGUUCGACUGGCAUUUGUGCUUUACAUCGUUCCGGUGGGACUGCUGAGUUUGCAGGCGGUACCACUGUUCAAGGAGGCUCGCCCCCGGAAUGACGAGCACAAGGUUGAGGCUGAGCCAGCUGGGUCCGCCACCAUCGUCUGGGAGGCGCUACCUCGAAGCAUGCGGCGUUGGCUUCGCUGCUGCCGCUCUUUGCCGAAUGAUUUGCCGACUGAGCCUCCAGCAAACAGUGCACUUCAACAUCUGUUGGCCAUGAAGUUCUGGAACGGAGCCUAUGGCGUCUGCAUUUCUUCCAUGCUCCUUUACUAUGUCACCUACGUCCUCCGCCUCAGCAGCUGGCAGCGCGUUCAAGUCAUCGUUGGGGCUGGCACAGCUGCGGGAGUUACAGAAGCAGUCAUGAACCUGGUGUAUGUGCACCUUUUCACGCGAGAUGACUCAUUGAGGGACAUGGCUGGGAAGAGUGAUCGCCGACUUCUCCGGAUUGUCGUUUCCUUUCGGCUUGUGAAUGCCUGCCUCACCUUCAUCUUGAUCGGAGUUCUCGAGCCUUCUGUGUUCUUACUCUUCGUGUGGUCGAUCAUCACGAGGAUGGGUCUUUGCAGCUUCUCCUUCUGGCGCAUCUCCGCACAGUGCUGGCUCGUCGACGAGGACUGCAUGUCCCGCUGCGCGGAUGGCAAGUGUCGCCAAAACAAGCGGGAAGGCCAGAUUUUCGGAGCACUCUCCAUGAGUCAGAUUCUCGCCGCCGCGAUCUUCUCCUCCUUGACCUUCCUCGGGCUUGGCUUGGCAGGUUUGGAAACAGAAAAUUGCGAAGCCAGCUGUUCAGUGGGAGGCAGUGAUGGCGUCUCGACCUGCAUUGAUGACUGCUUUCGCCAUGUCAUCAACCGGCAGCCAGAGUCCUUGCCGGCUUACGUCCGCUUCGUCAUCGGCUUCCUUGCUCCGAUGUGCGAGCUGCUGAUUGCCUACCACGCUUACAAGUUUCCGAUCAAGAACGCGCGCUUGCGGAAGCUGUAUUUGACCAAAGCCGCAGAGCGUGGAGACAUGAGUCUGACGGAAACCAACGAGGCAACAUCUGUGGACGCCUACUCUGCGAAGUCGCAGAUUGUUCUCUUGGACAAGGCCUCGGCUGAUCUGGCAGACGUGUCGUCAGAUGCAGUGGAGUCGUUCCAUGCGGCGGACUUUCAAGAUCGGGUGGUGCACACGGUGGAAAUGAUCGGAGGUGCAUCCCGAGCUCGACGUGCCUCCAUUUCCGUUCGCUUCGCUCGCAGCCCUGGGCACUCGAGGUGUGAGGUGCAAGGCGGUUCCGUGGUUCCAGAUCCUGCAGAGCCGGCCUCUGCUCCUGCGCAAGCAGAUGGCAAUGCAACGCGGCACAGCCGGACAACGCCACAUCUACUUCUCUUGGGCGAUCCUGGCACGGGCAAGUCGCAGCUGCUUCAGGCAGCGCAGGAGCUCGGCGGCCGCAGCAUCCGCACCAGCGGCCUGGGCUGCACCAGUGCCGGGCUGACUUGUGCUGCUGUCCGCGACGGUCCUGACUGGGCUUUGGAG